AUGCUGACUGUUUUGAUACUUUGCUUUUCAGGUACAACAAAUGCCUGUCUUGAAUUUACUGAACUGAGUUUAAAGGAUUCUUUUCUUGAUAUAUUUAAGCCAAAAAUAAAAGUCGGGUUGCUGUUGUUCACACGAGAAAGAAUAAACUGUGCUCAGUCUCUUUUUACGAGGGAUUUUACACUUAAUAAUAAGUUCAAUAUCACCAAAAAAACAGUUUGGAUUGUUCAUGGAUAUAGACCAUUAGGCACAAACCCAGCAUGGCUUCACAAAUUUGUGAAUUCUUUGCUGUCUUUAGAAGAUGUGAAUGUAAUUGUAGUUGAUUGGAAUCAGGGUGCUGCAACUUUACUUUAUCAAAGAGCUGUAAAAAGAUGCUGGAAAGUUGCUACAAUAUUGAGAGAAUACAUUAAAAGGAUGAUGAAACUUGGAAUUUCUCUUCAGUCUUUUCAUUUCGUAGGAGUAAGCCUUGGAGCUCAUAUAUCAGGAUAUGUUGGAAGCAUAUUUAAAGGCCGAAUUGGGAGAAUUACUGGUAUUGACCCAGCAGGACCAGGUUUCAAUAAUGCACCAAUAAAAAUGAGAUUAGAUUAUACAGAUGCACAAUUUGUUGAUAUCAUCCAUUCUGAUGCUCAGGGUCUUGGUAUCAGCCACUCUAUUGGACAUUUGGAUUUUUAUCCCAAUGGAGGAAGAAACCAACCUGGCUGCCCCACAUCAAUAUUUGAAGGACUCACUUAUCUAAAAUGUGACCACCAGAGAGCAGUUUUUAUAUUCAUCUCAUCUCUGGCAAGAGUAUGCAAUAUUACUGCAUAUCCUUGCAAUUCAUAUCAAGAAUAUAAAAAUGGUAGAUGUACUAACUGUGAAGACUUUGGGUUAAAUUUAUGCCCUACAACAGGCUAUUAUGCCGACCAUUGGAAAAAUGAUAUAAUUAAAAGGCAUCAUCCUCAGUUAGAAGCUUAUUUUGAUACUUCACCAAAGGAGCCAUUCUGUCUAUAUCAAUAUGCUCUUGAUAUUGGCACUGUGAAUGAAAUUCAGAAGCAAGGUAUUUUUGAAAUUAAGUUAAAAGACAAAUCUGGAACUGUAGAAGCCUCAAAAAUUAAACACGAUAAAAGGACAUUUCCUGCAUAUUCAGAAACUCGUAUUCUUGCUGGAUUUUACAAUGAUUUUAAAGAAAUUUCACAAAUCAUUUUGAAAUACAUUCCACAUUAUGUAUUAUUUAAAUGUCGUAGCUGCCAAUACCAAAUCCACCAUAUCAGGUUAAGUUCACUCUAUUUUCCUGAAAGACCAGAACUCUGUGAAGAAGAAAUUUUGCUAAAAGAAAGUAUUGAAACAGAACUCCAUCCACAUUUUUGUGAUAAAUGAGAAAUGUUGACAAAAUCAUCACCGGUAACUAAUAAUGUAACACUGGACUUUCUUGUGGAGCAAAAAAUUAAGACAUUUGAUAUGUAAUCUGAAGUUUGGAACUGUAUUAUGGAUUUCUUUCUUUCUUUUUUUUUCAGAUAGUAUCAUUAAAUAUAAAACUUCAGUGUUCCUGUGUUAGGGAGGUCAUAAAAACCCAGUGUGGAUGGAACAAAGUACAAAUAGCAUGUACUAGAGAUUUUCUGAAGCUACUUAAAGAGGCUAGUUAGAACAUUUUUUUAUUUUCUCACAAAUUAUUCAUCAUAUUAUUGUUUACCAACUAUAUAUUAAUCAACAUCAUAAUUAAAGC